AUGCCGUUCGAAGGAGUCAAGACGUUCAAGCUCAACACUGGAGCUGAGAUUCCAGCUUUGGGUCUGGGAACCUGGCAAGAUGCCGAUGCGCAAGAAUCUGCUGUCAAGGAGGCGCUCAAGGCUGGAUAUCGUCACAUUGACACGGCGCGGUGCUACGGAACCGAGGGAUCAGUCGGCAAGGGUAUCAGGGAGAGUGGUGUCCCUCGAAACGAGAUCUUUGUGACCACCAAAUUGUGGAAUAACAAGCAUCACCCGGACGAUGUUGGUCCCGCGCUGCAAGACUCGCUGAAUGAUCUCGGUCUCGACUACAUCGAUUUGUUCCUCAUGCACUGGCCCGUCGCCUUUAAGCGUGGAGAUGAGAUGUUCCCCAAGGACAAGGACGGUAACACUCUAACCGACGAUAUUGACUAUGUUGAUACAUACAAAGCCAUGGAAAAACUUCUCAAGACCGGCAAGGUCAAGGCCAUCGGUAUCAGCAACUUUGCCAAAAAGGAAGUCGACCGUCUUAUCCAGAACACCGAGGUGGUGCCCGCCGUCCACCAGAUGGAAUGUCACCCAUGGUUGCAACAGAAGGAAUUCAUGGACUAUCACAAGGAAAAAGGCAUCCACGUUACCCAGUACUCGCCCUUUGGCAACCAGAAUGAGAUCUACAAGGCGCAGGAGAAGCACGGCAAGUUGGUCGACGACAAGACCCUCGUUGAGAUUGGGAAGAAGUACGGCAAGAGCUCGAAUCAGGUUGCUCUCGGUGAGUUUUGGGACAAAUCCCUCAUGACCAAUCUUGGUUUGAAUUUCUAUUUUGUUUUGGAGGAGAAUCGAGUUUCUAACCGUCUUUUUGUUUUGAAAAUAGCAUGGGGCAUUGCUCACGGCCGCUCCGUGAUUCCCAAGUCCAAGUCUGCUGAGCGCAUUGCGCAGAAUUUCCAGGGGGUGUUUGACUUGGAAAAGUCAGACCUGGAGGCUAUUGACCGGAUUGAUAAAAAGUUGCGUUUCAAUGACUCUAGCGCGAGCUUUGGAUACAUUUUCUUCACUGAUCUGGAUGGUAAGGAGAAUUAA